AUGCCCAUGCAUGAGAGCUUCUUCAAGGUGACAAAAGCCAGUGAGUCAGAGUUCAAAGCUCUCAAAGGUCAGAGUGUUUCACUUGCACUUUUACAGUUUGGUCCUGGAGGCAUUAAUCCUGCUCAUAUUCAUCCUCGGUCUGCCGAACUUCUUUUCAUAUUGAAAAGGCAAACUAAGGGAUUGGUUCAUUUUCAGAUGAAUGAAGAGGAGGAGAAGGAUGUGGUUGCUGUUGCAGCCUUUGGGAGUGCUAAUCCUGGUGUUGUGGUUCUGCCAACUUCUUUGUUUGGAAGUGGUAUUGAUUCUGAGGUUUUGAUUAAGUCUUUUAAGACUGAUAAUGUCACUAUUCAAAAGCUGAUUUCAGCUAACAUGGGUUGA